AUGGCUGCAGCUUCCGAGAGGAGAGAACUAAGCGCAGCCGAAUCGCGGCCCCGACGCGCGUAUCCUGCCGCAGUGCACAAAGAGUUCCGCCACAUCACCGCGGGUCUGCCCGCCCCCUCCGCCGCCUCGCGGGGAGCCCGGGCGCUUCGGCAGCCCGAAGGGAGACGGGAGGCGGACGGGAUCGCGCGGGGCGUGUAUCUUCUCCAACGGCUCUCACCGCCCGCUUCCCCGGUUACUCGGCUCAUUCGCCCUAAAAAUGAAAGCUUUCAGCCCAGUGCCCUGAGGGUGAGCGCAUCGCCCCGGAAAUUUCAAAUCCCCAAGAGCAACGGCCUAGGGAACCGUAGGAAGCUGCAGCCUUGCGAGUGGGCGAGCCGAGGAGACCUGGGAGGGUUCAAAAGGAGGUGGAAGGAUACGGGAGCCGCCGUCGGAACUACUUUGGGGAGGUCACGUGUGUUCCUAGUUGGGGAACUUUCCAAAUUCCCACUCCCCGUUGAUAGCUCCAGAAGCAGUGGCAAGUGCUUCCCCUCCUCUGUUCGCAGCGCCUCCAGCCCCGUGCUGGCCGCGGGACCCGCGGACGCUCAGAGCGAAGUAGGAAAACAGGCUCCUACCGGAGCGUGGUCGGGACUGCGUCUGGGGAGCUGGUUACACAAGCACUCUCAUCUAAGCACGUGCCCCCGCCUCCCCGUACAGCUGGUCGCCGCCCGAUUUUUGCAAACCACGAGGCGACAGAGAGUGCCCAAGGUGGUCCCACCCUUCUCUUGCUACCCAGAGAGCUAG